CCCGCAAACCCCAUCUAAACCCCCUGCUCACCCCGCCGCGAUGGGCAACUCCAUGGCGGCUCCACCACCCCCCGCUCCUGCUCCUGAUUCUGGCGCUGUGGCGGAGAAGACGACGGAGCCUGAUCAGGAAGCGCGAGUCGUUCGUGGUGGCGCCUGUCCGUCGUCGCCCGGCCUAGUCAUGGAGGAGUUCGUGAUGGGCGACCACGCGCGGCUCGUGGCCUCCAUGCGGCUCGCCAUGGAGCUGGCCGCGUCGUCCAGACUCUUCGCCAAGCUCUCCGACCUCUUCGCGUCCGAUGCCGCGUUCCGCGACGCACUGGCGCGCGUCCGCGGCGGGCCCGGCGGCGAGCGGCUCCGCGUCGUGGCCUACGGGCUCGGCGGCGCGCAGUACAGCUGGGCGCCACGGUUCCGCCUCGCCGUGCUACUCCUCCUUCGCGUCGCGUUCCCUGACGCGAUCGGCGACGUCGAGGUGGUGUGCCCGACCGCGGCCCCCGUGGAGCGCCGAGCCAUGGAGGAGUUGGGCUGCGUCGUUACCGCGUCGGUCCAGCAGUGCCGGCCAGUUCGCGAGCCGACGCUCAUCUUCAUGCCAUACGCGGACCACGUCUUCUUCAAAAACCUGCUCACCUUGAACUGGAGCACGGAUCAGCUCGGCAAGAUCGUCUUGCUCGGGCACAGCUUUGGCACCAUGGUCAAGAUGCUUGAGCUCAGCAUGUCCAAGCAGGAGAAGUUUGGUGUCACCGAGCAGAGGGAGAAAGUGAGGAGGGUGAUGGCAAUUCGGGAGUAUGUGCGUGAGAUUGAGCUAUGCUCAGAAAUCGAUGGUUUGCUCGAUAGUCCUCUCUGGGGAGAUGAUGGUCCUGAUGAUGAACAAGCCUGUAACGAAUCAUUUCUUUCAGAAAAAGAUUGUGACGAUUCACAGGAGGAGUGCAGAUGCAUGCACUGCAUUGCUAAUAUAGAUAGGCAUGCCAUGAUUAGUGCUCUUCCCAGCUCCUUUUCAGUUCAUGUAUUCCACUUCGAUCCUGAAAUUGACAUGGACCAUCUUGUGCCAGUGAGUUGUCCUAAGAGGGUUUGGAGCACAGUGAACGUCCAGAUGAACUAUGAUGCUCAGUUAGCAGGAUGGUAUUUAAAUCCUAAUGAUGCAUACAUUGAGGAUAAAGACUUAAAGGAAGCGGUGAGCAUAGUUAAAGAAAUGCGUGAAACUAUGCUGGAUGUUAGGAGUUCUUCACUGUACACAAAGUUCAUUCAUCAGCUUAAGGAAAAUCCGAGUAUUGGAGAACAUAUCACAAGCAUGUUGGGAAGUCAUGAAUGCAUGGAUUUGGUAAUUUAUGGCCUUGGGAGCUUUGAAUUUGACAUGAGGUCUCAGUAUCAGCUUGCUUUCGCUCUUCUUCUAAAGGAAGAUAAGGUAUUUCCAGUUGGCAACAUCGAAAUAUAUGACCCGGCACUCUCGCCAGCUGAUGUCAUGGCUUGCUUCGACUUGGGAGUAAGAGUUCUUCUAGUUAAUGAGCAGUGCCAAAGAAGUGUGGAGAAGCCAACACUUUUCUAUGUUCCAGGUCUGAAAUUCAUAGGGAAUCUUGUGGAAUCAAACUUCUCUCCUAAACAAUUAAAUCAGGUGAUUCUGGUUUCCUAUGGGUUGAAGUACAGUGUGGAAAGUGCUUAUGGUGCAUUUGAAAACUGGAACCGUGGAUGUACCAGUAGGGGUUCCCUAGAUUUGGAAAGGGACAGAUUCCUAUGGGCAACCGUGGAUUACAUUCGUGAAGCCAUUGCUAUGGGAAAAUCCAAUGAGGAAUUAGAUGGUGUUGAUGAGUUGAAGGUGGAGUUUGUUGAAGUGGACGAUGAUGACAUAUACUCAAAAUUGCCAAGGCUGACACUCAAGGAGAAAUUUUACCUCAACUUCAUGUUGGAGGUGGAAUAUAAUUCAUUCCUUUCUUUUGAUCAUGUGGCUUCCCUCCGUAUGCAACGGGAAGAGCGAAUAUCACGCCCAUUCAGAGAAGAUCCAUGUGAUUGCAGGGAUGAUGAUACUCCAUUCUGGGGACCUGUUUUCCGUCACCGUCUCCCAGCAAUGAAACGGACUACAUGGUCGCCUCCUCCCAAGGGUUGGAUCAAGCUCAACUUCCAUGGAAUUGGCUCUUCCAAGGGCCGUCCCGCCUGCAUUGGUGGUAUAUUCCACAAUGACAAAGGUGAGGUGCUCUCGUACUAUGCUGGUCCAGUAGGAGACGUGGACCAGGUUGUGGCCAGUGCCAUGGCACUUGAGAUGGGGCUACAAAAAAUGAUUGACCUCCAUGAACCAGUAUUCAAGCUGAUCAUUGAGGGGGACAACCUUAUGGUGAUACGCUGGUGCAACAGAAUCGCUCGCCCACCUGAAAGAGCUUUUGAUUCAUUUUCACAAAGCUAUUGGUACAUGGAUUUGAGACCCACCGAGGCACCUGCUCCUGACGAGGUACCUGAGGAGUGCAAGUGCGACAAGGGUGAGGAUGAUGGUUCAAAGGAUACAGACGAGGAUAAUGGUCCAAAGGAUGAUGACGAGGAGGAUGUUGGUGCAUCUUCAGAGUUUGACAUCCCUCCUGGAUGGGCUCAGAGAGAGUACAUAGCUUGGCAUGUUGAACAGCCGGCCAAUCAGGUCACGAUUGGUCUGGCACGUGUUGGAGCUUCCCUACCUGGCAUCUUUCUACACCAAUCAAGCAUGUGUGACUGUGGACAUGGAAUGGACAUGAAGAAUGACAAGCCAGACGUCACAUGGUUCCUUCAUGGCUUUGCUACGGGUGAUGACAGAAUUGAAGGACUGAAAAUUUGAGGCUGAGAAUUCUUUAACCACUUCAUGAGGAGCCUGCUGCUGACUUCUGUUUCCUUUUGCUAAUGGUUGUGCCUGUUCUGAACAAGUCGGGUCUGUCUGUUCUAAUGAAAUCCUUGAUCUGCAUGAUAAGCCUUCGGCGUCUUCGGUUUCUGGCUUUAUAAAAACCAAAGCCUGUGAAUGAUCCCUGAGAAUAUAAUCGAGUCGUCCUUUGGUUCAUUCGAUAUGUAGUUCAGUAGUUUGCUGUGAUACAUGGUCCUUCUCCUAUUCGUUUGCUUGCUCUGAACAUGUUGCGUCUGUGCUUACAUGUGUGAUUGUGUUGAUGAUUUUUCUGACAUUCAUGGAGUCCAAA